AAUUAUUUAUAGUAAUAAUACACAGUUCAGUUAAAGUGUUUUAUAAUAAUCCUUGCAACAUGAAGGAUGAAUAUUUGAUGUCAGAAGCCUUUUAAACAUUACCUUCACUUGGAGAAUGGAGUUGAUGUGGGAGGAAACAGCGCCCCCUUUGCGCAUGUUGUGGCCAGAGUCGGUACUGCAGGCGGAAAUGCUGCACCUGUUGAUGUUGUGUCUUCGCUCCUCAGUGACUACACUUCCCUGUUACCUGCUCCAGCUGACUCCACGAACACCUGGGAAGUUUCUGGAGAGUCACGGGGCAGUAAAGGGAGAAAUAAAGGACUGAAUGGAUAAAUUAAAGAAGGUGCUGAGCGGUGAAGAUGACGGAAACUCGGACACACCCGGAAUCCUGUCGAGAGCCAAUCAGGCGUCGACGCUGUCCUGGGGGGCGAGGAUGAGGGGCUUCAUCAUCUGCUUUGUUUUAGGCGUUUUCUGCUCCAUCCUGGGCACCUGUCUGCUGUGGAUCCCAGGCUUCGGUCUUGUGGUGUUCGCAGUCCUCUACAGCGUGGGAAAUCUCUGCGCUCUGGGCAGCACCAUGUUCCUGGUUGGUCCAUUAAGACAGGUGAAGAACAUGUGUGCUAAAGAGAGAGCCAUCGCCACCACCGUCAUGCUGGUGUGUUUGGUGCUGACGCUGUGUGCAGCUUUCUGGUGGAAGAACAACGGACUGGCUCUGCUCUUCUGUGUGAUGCAGUUUGUAGCCUUCACCUGGUACGGACUGUCCUACAUCCCGUUUGCCAGGGACGCUGUCAUCAAAAUGUUCUCCCUGUGCCUGUAGAAGCCCCGCCCCCUCUGUGUGAAUCUAUCUGUCCAAUCAGGACACAGGAUCAGCCGAGGGGAGCUGUUGAACAUUUCAUCCUCACUCAGGUGUCUUCAAACCAUAUUCAGACUGGUUUCCAUGGAGACGACAUGUAGCUAGUGUUAGCUUUUAGCAUUUCAUCCUGUUACCUGUCCUACCUGAGAGUCCUGAGAUAUAAUGUGCCUUACUCUGAGAGAGAGAGAGGGG